AGAUAUACAUUACUGAGCUCCCCUGUACUCCAUUAUAGUGAUGGACAUGUUGUAUACAGUACUUACUGUCCCCCCCGAGUCCCCCGCGGUGGUGGUGAGGGUGUCUCCUCUCAGCGGAGGAGAGCGGACCUCUCCUGCACCUGUCCCCUCGGCAGCGGUGCUGUAGAAUCCAGAAACCGGAAGUUGGAAACCAGAACUCGGUUUCACAAUGAGGCUUGGAUCGCAGGUGCAACGCUCACCACAGAGAAAUUUCUCCUCGCAUUUGGCGAGCGGGCAAGCAGCUUUUUCAAGCCCUG